AUGAUGCAGUCUUUCCCCUCCAAACGGAUCCCUGUGGUAUACAACAUACCAGCUCCCAGUGAUUCUGAACAUGGAUCUGGACAGAGUCCGAAUCUUCCUCAUCUUCAGUCUCCUCAAAAAGAAAUCUCAUGUGUGCAACAUUCUUUCCUCAAACAGAUGAAUCUGCAUUUCUGGAGAAGAUGGCUUCUAGGAAUGUUACCUCUGAUUUCCUUAGCAGUCACUGUACUCGUGUUGGUCCUGUACUGUUCAUUAUCUCCAGCAUUCUCCUUUAUCUAUAUUGGUGGAAGUGUAGAAAUACCUAACUUGACCUAUACAAGUGACCUCACUGAUCCAAAGUCACAGAAAUUUAUAAGGCAAGCAGAAGCAAUCCAGAACUAUUUUUCAGAACUAUACGAGUCUUCUACAUUAGGGAGAUAUUACUUGAAAUCUGUUGUUGCUGCGUUUAGCGAAGGAGAAGAUGGUCUCCGAGCUUACUACUGGAAUACAUUCUGGGCACCGCAAGAGAUAGUGCACUCUUUCAAAAAACUAACCUCACUGAAACAUAAGGAAAUAAUCAGAAAACAUACACUUCAAACUACUAAUUCUUCUGCUGAAUCCUUUCCUGUGGAAGAGGAUUUUGAUCUCUUAACAAUGGAGCUUUUUGUUUCAGAUUCUUCAGACUAUGAUGUGACACUGAAGUCAGCGGUAUCCUUCGACUUGUAUGCAAAGCCAGGUAACAACAGGACUUUAACUUUGAUGAAUCCCAAGAAAUCUUUUUAUCAGUGGAGGCUGCGUGUUCCUUCUAACUAUAUUGUGAGACUUGUAGUCCUUACUCUGCAUGGUGUCACUCCAGGGAGUUGUGCAUCACACAGAUUAUCUGCAUAUGAUUUUCUUCUUCCUCUUCAGAACAAGAUCAUUACAAGAUGGUGUGGAGUACCAGGGGCCUGGAGUCCUCCUGUCAUACGGUUAACUUCAUCGAGUAAUGUUAUGCUGGUCACCUUCUCACUGGACAGAAGAAAAGAGAGUAACAUGCUAAAAGCAUACUUCCAAGCUAUUCCUAAAGUUGUCUGUGGUGGGCGUUACAUCUCUUGGAAUGGGACAGUGAGCUCCCCUUAUUAUCCAAGCUACUAUCCGCCAAACAUUGACUGCAGCUGGCUAAUCAGAGCACCCCUGCCUGGGUAUAAGUUGUCGCUAAAAGUCCUUGUCAUACAAAUUCAAGAGAAGUCUCCAGGGUCCAAUAAAUGUGAUAAGGACUGGUUAGAAAUUGAUGGAGUUAGAUAUUGUAAAGCUAUUGCUGAAAGCAACAGAAACAAGGAAUAUGGCUAUUCAGUUGCGAUUAAUUUCCAUUCAGAUGAACUGGUCACACAGAGAGGGUUUUAUAUUGAAUAUAAAGCUUUCAGUCACGUGGACCCAUGUCCUCGACAAUUUAAAUGUACAGACAGAACAUGCAUUCCUUUAAACAAUCAGUGUGAUGGCUGGAAAGACUGCUCAGAUGGCAGUGAUGAAUUAGACUGUGGCUGUAGUCCAGAGGAGUCUAACUGUGGUGAUGGGAAGUGUAAACACCGUUCAAAGACAUGCAAAGGGGACGACAGUUGCGGAGAGGAUAGUGAUGAAAAUGAUUGCCCCUAUAAAAGUUGUUCCUCAUAUGCAUAUAAAUGCCUGAAUGGAAAAUGCCCCACAAAAGCAAACCCAGAAUGUGAUGGAAUAAGAGACUGUGGAGAUGGAUCUGAUGAAAUGAACUGUGCUUGUGGAAGAAUCCUGUUAAAAAAAUCUAGAAUUGUUGGAGGUGAAGAUGCAAGAUCUGGAAAGUGGCCUUGGCAAGCAAGCUUGCAGAUGGGAAUGUAUGGCCAUAUUUGUGGUGCAUCUGUUGUUUCAAAUAGGUGGCUGUUAUCUGCUGCCCAUUGUUUUCUGGACUCUGAUUCUAUAAGAUACUCUGUGCCUUCUGGCUGGAAAGCGUAUAUGGGCAUAAGGAUCAUUAACAAAAACAGCAAUCAUGUAGCUAUGAGAUCAAUCAAAAGGAUUAUUGUCCAUCCACGGUUACCUUGCCAAAACACUGCAAGAAGCUAAAGUGAAAAUAAUUAAUCAAAGUAUUUGCAACAAGCUAUAUGAUGAUCUGAUUACAUC